UAACAGUUAACAGUAUUAUUUAAAGUACAAAGUACGAACGAUAUGCUCAUCUCAUCGGUUUUAAAUAAUUCCGAAUUUAUUCCGUUACUUUAGUUUAGAAGGUCUCUUCGUGGUUGCUUCCGUAAAAGUUAAAAAAAUUGGAUUCCAAACUUCACUAGCAAUGUUAGUGUAUUAAUUUUUUUAAGUAUUACGGAUAGGUACAUUGUGAGUUUUUGUCGUUUAGUUUUUUUACUUAACAAAUGAUGAAAUCUUAUUAUUUACUUUACUUUUUGUGACUAUUCUGAGAUUUCAUAGAUAGUGUGACUUUGCUUAGUUUUUCCGUAUACAUAAUAAUUUGCAUCUUGAAAAACUAACAUAUGUUAUGCCAUAACUUGUGAAAGUGACUACCAAGUCAAAAUGAGAGGAUUAUUCAUAUUUGGCCCUAUAUACAUCAUUGUGACUGUUGUGCUGGGUGCCUCAGUCACUGCUAGCAUUCUGGUGAUACAGCUAGCGAUAGCACCUCUGCUCUUCAAAUACUCCAAGACAUUCCGAAGAAAUCUCAUAUUCGCUAAUAUUGCAAAAUGGCCUCUCUACGUUAAUUAUGAUAAGCCAGCAAAACUGGGCAUAGAUGGAGCGAGAAACUUCAGUAUCAAUUACCAUUCCAAAGUGGACAAAUGUGCGCUAAAAAUUGGUAUAUGGCACAUUCUGCCAAGGAGUCUGUAUGAGAAGAACAAAGGCUGGUUUGAUGGCGACACAGACAGGGAAAAGUUGGGUACUCUGAUGAACUCGGAAUUGGUCGAGUCUAACUUACCAAUUAUGUUGUAUUGUCAUGGUAAUUCCAACACACGCGCGGCAUCACACAGGCUUUUACUUUACAAGUUUUUCCAGAAAAUGGACUUCCACACCAUCGCUUUUGAUUAUAGAGGGUACGCUGAUUCGACAAACGUGCUGCCAUCAGAGGACGGCGUGGUGGAAGACUCUCUGAAAGUAUACGAGUGGCUUGUUACAACGAUUAGCAAGGCCAAACCUCCAGUUUAUGUAUGGGGGCAUUCACUGGGCACCGGUAUAUCCUCCCACCUUCUGGGCAAUUUACAGAGGCUAUCGGAGGAUGUUCUAGAACGUACGACACCUUUGCCACAGCCGAACGGUUUGAUAUUGGAAGCGCCUUUCAACAAUUUAGCGGACGAAGUCGAGUUUCAUCCACUAGCUAAGUUGGUGAGAUGGUUGCCGUAUUUCGAGGACACGUUCGUGUCACCAUUCCGGUCGUGUCCGGAGCACGAGUUCAAAUCCGACUCGCACUUGGCGCAAGCGCCGUCCCUGCCCAUUUUGAUACUGCACGCCAAAGACGACAUUAUCGUACCGUUUUAUGUUGGGGAAAAGUUGUACGAUGCUGUGGUCGCCUCGCGCCGGUCCGGUGACGCUCCUAUUACGUUGCACUCAUACCCCAAGGAGGACCGGCUCGGACACAAGUAUAUCUGCAAUGCGCACGACUUAUCGGAACUUGUUGGUGACUUCGUUAAGAGACAUCGAAUUAUGGUUGUUGAUGUUAUAUUACUGACUGGUGCAUCGCUAUCGGCUAGUUUCCUAGUAUUGCUAGUUUCUGUGCUGCCCCUGAUGUUCAAGUAUAGCAAAACUGUGCAGAGGAAAAUUAUCUUCUCCAAUUGUAUCAAUUAUCCCAAAAAUCUGGACUUCGAAGACCCCAUGAGCUGUAAUGCUAUUGGAUGCAGGAAUUUCAGCAUCAACUUCUAUUCCCUGGUUGAUCGCUGUGAUAUCAAAUUGGGUGUAUGGCACAUCGCGCCUUCAUCUAUGUUCAGGGAAUUGUUCAUAGUUCGUGACAACUUGACUCCGGAUGAAAUAUUCCUGAAAGAAUUGAAAAAAACGGACAACACUAUAGUACUGUAUUGCCAUGGUAACUCCAACCACCGGGCGUCCCCGCACCGCCUGCAGAUGUACCGGGUAUUCCAGGAGCUGAAUUAUCACGUCAUCGCCUUAGAUUACAGAGGUUACGGAGAUUCGACAUGCAUGCGUCCAACCGAGAAAGGUGUGGUGGAAGAUGUACUACAGGUUUACUCCUGGCUGGUGGGAACCGUAGAACGUCGCAGCGAUCAAAGGCCGCCUGUGGUCUUAUGGGGACAUUCACUCGGCACGGCCAUAGCGGCAAAUUUAGUAGUCAACAUGGCGGAGCUGUGUCUCCAACGCAAGAUGGAACCUCUGCCUCUACCAAACGCAUUGAUCCUGGAAGCGCCGUUCAACAACCUGGUUGAUGCAAUUGAGAGCCAUCCGUUUUCCAAGCUAGUUUCCUGGCUACCCUAUUACAAGGGCUCCUUCGUGAAGCCUUUCACGCUGUCCUCGGAGUACACGUUCGCGACAGACCAGUACCUGGCCAAGGUGCCAGAGCUGCCAGUCCUUAUCCUGCACUCCAAGGGGGACAGGAUCGUGCCCUUCGACCUGGCUGUUAAGCUGUACAACAGCAUCAAAGAAUCCCGCAAAAACUGCAAACGUGCUCCGACACAGCUCCACGUGUUCGACCGGGGACACAACGACCUAUGCGAAGCGCCCGGCUUGCCUCGCGUCGUCGGAGACUUCCUGCGUGAUAUAAAGCCAGAUAAUUAA